AUGCUCAGUAAUGUGUGGACUGGCAAAUGGUUAUUGUUUUUUUGGAACGGCCUCGAACGGCGACCAUUGUUGGAAACGGAGCAGGGUGACAAGGGCAAUUGCAACGUGAACGUUUCGACAAGGGAAGCGGAAACAAUGGGGCGCCUGUUUUGCUUCACUGACGUCACUAUGCGGCAAUGUGGACGUCGUCCACAGGGUACCUUUCUCUGGGACGGAUCGAUUCCGGGUACCACUUCCAAGCUUCCGGCAAAAAAGGACGCGACUCCGCGUCCGCGAGAAAAUGGCGGUCAAGGAUCAUACCUAGAGGGAGCAAAAAAAAAGUGUUCUGGAACUUUGGAAGGGGCUUCCUGUACUUUGCUUGGUUCGGCACACCCCGCGCGGGCUGAUCAGCAGGCGGCGAGUAAGCAGUUUGCGUACAAGUUUCCUUGCGUGCUUGACAUGCCCUUUGCGAAACAAUGGAAACAAGUUUAA